AUGAUUUUACAAUCUAAGAAAAUAAGUCGUCAGCAUUUACUACCACCUUCACUACGACAUACAUCAUGUUUCAGUAGAUAUGAGACAAAGGAGAGUCGAGUUCAUUACUCAAAUCGCACCAACUGCCUCUUACUAAUACGUGGUACACGUUCAGAUGUGAACACGUCUGCGUCACCCCCCACUCUUGUCGCCCUCCGCUUCUCUGUCCUCUGCUUCCGCAUUGCUAUGAAAAUUGCAACAAGUCAACAGUUUUCUCGUGUUAAUGUGAAUUUAAAACGCUGCAACAGAUUAGAAUGGUUUUACAGGUUCUCAGAAGUUUGA